CCCCACCCCCUGCUCCCGGGGGUUCCGUUAUCUUUUCGCUCGGCGAAGCGUUCCGAGGCCAGACAAUGAGAGGGGGAUGGGCCGCAUGGCGGACACCGAUCUGUUCAUGGAAUGUGAGGAGGAGGAGUUGGAGCCAUGGCAGAAAAUCAGUGAUGUCAUUGAGGACUCUGUAGUUGAAGAUUAUAAUUCAGUGGAUAAAACUACCACAGUUUCUGUGAGCCAGCAGCCAGUCUCGGCUCCAGUGCCCAUCGCUGCCCAUGCUUCUGUUGCUGGGCACCUCUCUACAUCCACCACCGUUAGUAGCAGCGGGGCACAGAACAGCGACAGUACAAAGAAGACUCUUGUCACACUAAUUGCCAACAACAAUGCUGGCAACCCUCUGGUCCAGCAAGGUGGACAGCCGCUCAUCCUGACCCAGAAUCCAGCCCCAAGUCUGGGCACAAUGGUUACUCAACCAGUAUUGAGGCCUGUUCAGGUCAUGCAGAAUGCCAAUCAUGUGACUAGUUCCCCUGUGGCCUCACAACCAAUAUUUAUCACUACGCAGGGAUUUCCUGUAAGGAAUGUCCGGCCUGUACAAAAUGCAAUGAAUCAGGUUGGGAUUGUGCUGAACGUACAGCAAGGCCAAACGGUUAGACCAAUUACACUAGUCCCAGCCCCAGGUACCCAGUUUGUUAAGCCGACAGUUGGAGUUCCACAAGUGUUCUCUCAGAUGACCCCUGUGAGGCCAGGCUCCACAAUGCCUGUGAGGCCCACCACCAACACCUUCACCACCGUCAUCCCGGCCACUCUCACCAUUCGAAGCACCGUUCCACAGUCCCAGUCCCAGCAGACCAAGUCCACUCCCAGCACUUCUACCACUCCCACUGCCACACAGCCAACCUCACUGGGGCAACUAGCUGUUCAGUCUCCAGGCCAGUCAAACCAGACCACGAAUCCCAAGCUAGUGAGCAUUGCCAGCUUUGUCACUGUGAAGCGACCUGGCGUUACAGGUGAAAAUAGCAAUGAAGUGGCCAAAUUGGUGAAUACCCUUAACACCAUCCCUUCCUUGGGCCAGAGUCCUGGGCCAGUGGUGGUAUCCAACAACAGCUCUGCUCAUGGCUCUCAAAGAACCAGUGGACCUGAAUCUUCAAUGAAAGGUACAAUAACCAAGGGACCUAUGAUUUUACUGACUGUUAAAAAUGAAAAUAAAGGAGUCAGAGAAAGUAAAGAUUGUGAGUCAGCAGGACUUUCGUCUUAUUUUCAAGUGGAUUUAUUGAUUACUUUUCUUCUUACAGCCAAGUGCAAGAUCUGUGAGUGGGCGUUUGAAAGUGAGCCACUAUUUCUCCAGCAUAUGAAGGAUACUCAUAAGCCUGGAGAGAUGCCUUAUGUUUGCCAGGUGUGUCAAUACCGCUCCUCACUCUACUCUGAGGUAGAUGUCCAUUUUCGGAUGAUCCAUGAGGAUACCCGGCAUCUGCUCUGCCCUUAUUGCCUGAAGGUCUUCAAAAAUGGCAAUGCAUUCCAACAGCAUUACAUGAGGCACCAGAAGAGAAAUGUUUAUCACUGCAACAAAUGCCGGCUGCAGUUUCUCUUUGCCAAGGACAAAAUUGAACACAAGCUUCAACACCAUAAAACCUUCCGUAAACCCAAGCAGCUGGAGGGCUUGAAACCAGGCACCAAGGUGACAAUCCGGGCUUCCCGAGGGCAGCCACGAACUGUUCCUGUAUCCUCUAAUGAUACACCUCCCAGCGCCUUGCAGGAGGCAGCACCACUGGCCUCCUCAACGGACCCUCUGCCUGUCUUCCUUUAUCCCCCUGUCCAGCGCAGCAUCCAGAAGAGAGCUGUUAGGAAAAUGAGUGUCAUGGGCCGGCAGACAUGCCUGGAGUGCAGCUUCGAGAUUCCAGACUUCCCUAAUCAUUUCCCUACUUAUGUGCACUGCUCUCUGUGUCGCUAUAGCACCUGCUGCUCUCGAGCUUAUGCCAACCACAUGAUCAACAAUCAUGUUCCACGGAAAAGCCCCAAGUAUUUGGCUUUGUUUAAAAAUUCUGUGAGUGGAAUCAAGCUGGCCUGCACUUCGUGUACCUUUGUUACCUCUGUGGGCGAUGCUAUGGCCAAGCAUUUGGUAUUCAACCCCUCUCACAGAUCCAGCAGCAUCCUGCCACGGGGACUCACUUGGAUAGCUCACUCAAGGCAUGGCCAGGCUCGUGACCGAGUGCACGACCGGAACGUGAAGAAUAUGCACCCGCCUCCUUCCUUCCCCACUAACAAAGCUGCCGCUGUGAAGUCUGCGGGGGCCGCCCCAGCCGAGCCUGAAGAGCCACCAACUCCCUUGGCCCCAGCACUCCCAUCGCCAGCCUCAACUGCGACCCCACCACCAACCCCGACCCACCCCCAGCCUUCAGCCCUUCCACCCUUGGCUACAGAGGGAGCCGAAUGUCUGAAUGUUGAUGAUCAGGACGAAGGGAGCCCAGUCACCCAGGAGCCUGAGCCAGCAUCAGGCGGUGGUGGUAGUGGUGGAGUUGGCAAAAAGGAGCAGCUGUCGGUGAAGAAGCUUCGAGUAGUACUGUUUGCUCUAUGCUGCAAUACAGAACAGGCAGCUGAACACUUCCGAAAUCCCCAGCGACGUAUUCGGCGUUGGCUUCGACGUUUCCAGGCCUCCCAGGGGGAGAAUCUUGAGGGCAAAUAUCUGAGCUUUGAGGCAGAAGAGAAACUGGCUGAGUGGGUGCUAACUCAGCGAGAACAACAGCUACCUGUAAAUGAGGAGACCUUGUUCCAGAAGGCCACCAAGAUAGGACGUUCUUUGGAAGGGGGCUUUAAGAUCUCCUAUGAGUGGGCUGUGCGUUUCAUGCUGCGGCACCACCUGACUCCCCAUGCCCGGCGAGCUGUGGCCCACACCCUACCUAAGGAUGUGGCAGAGAAUGCAGGACUCUUCAUUGAAUUUGUGCAACGGCAGAUUCACAACCAGGACUUACCCUUGUCUAUGAUUGUGGCUAUCGAUGAGAUCUCCUUGUUCCUGGAUACAGAGGUGCUGAGCAGUGAUGACCGAAAGGAGAAUGCCCUGCAGACAGUGGGCACAGGGGAACCUUGGUGUGAUGUAGUCCUGGCCAUUCUGGCAGACGGCACUGUCCUUCCCACCCUGGUUUUCUACAGAGGGCAGAUGGAUCAGCCUGCUAAUGUGCCAGACUCCAUUUUGCUAGAGGCAAAGGAGAGUGGUUACAGUGAUGAUGAGAUCAUGGAGCUGUGGUCAACUCGAGUGUGGCAGAAGCACACAGCUUGCCAGCACAGCAAAGGCAUGCUUGUGAUGGACUGUCAUCGCGCUCACUUGUCAGAAGAGGUGCUGUCUAUGCUUAGUGCCUCUAGCACUUUGCCUGCAGUGGUCCCAGCAGGCUGUAGCUCCAAAAUCCAGCCAUUAGAUGUGUGCAUCAAAAGAACUGUCAAGAACUUCCUGCAUAAAAAGUGGAAGGAGCAGGCUCGGGAAAUGGCAGAUACUGCAUGUGAUUCUGAUGUCCUGCUUCAGCUGGUGCUUGUCUGGCUGGGUGAAGUGCUAGGUGUCAUUGGGGACUGUCCAGAGCUAGUUCAACGCUCCUUCCUGGUGGCUAGUGUUCUUCCUGGCCCUGAUGGCAACAUUAACUCACCUACAAGAAAUGCUGACAUGCAGGAGGAGUUAAUUGCCUCCCUAGAGGAGCAGCUGAAGCUGAGUGGGGAACAUUCUGAGUCUUCCACUCCACGACCCAGAUCAUCUCCUGAAGAGACAAUUGAGCCUGAAAGCCUUCACCAGCUCUUUGAGGGUGAAAGUGAGACCGAGUCUUUCUAUGGCUUUGAAGAAGCUGACCUAGAUCUGAUGGAGAUUUGAGUGUUGGGUCAUGACGGGGUAUGGAGUAGGGGUGGGAACGUGUGAGGGAGGGUAAAGGGGUUUCGGGAAAAGGGGGCAUACAGGUGGGGUAUUUGGUUUAUAUUUUAUAAUUGUACACCACCACUCGCCCCUGAUGUUGACUUACACUUCCCUGUGGAUUUGUUAAUUAGGAAAACCAAUAGUGAUCACGUCUGAGCCAAGGAGCUGGCCCAUUGGUCAUUUACUUCUGCUAAAAACAGGUUUUUGUGACUUUUUUUUUAAAUUUAAAUCACUGUGUUUGGUAUUUUUCUGACAAAAUUAAGAAAAAGAAAAAAAAUUACUUGUGGGCGAAUGUUCAGUUUUUUUGUUUCCCCUUUUACCUCAAUUGUAUCAUAGUACUUCUGGGUUUUUUUGUUUGUUUUACUGUGUGGCCAAUGUCUUUGGGCAUGAUGCUAUCUAAUCAUUGUCAAUGUGAGAACAUUUCUGAAGAUGGGAAAGACAAAUUAUGUAGCUCACAAACUGGUUUAUUAUAUAUAUGGAUAAAAAACUUUUUUCAUUGUGGUCUUAACACUUUUAUAUAAAAAUGAAAAUGGAAAAAAAAAUCCCACUGAACUCUCUCUUCUCCUUUUCUUUCCUUCCCUCUCCAGAGAUGUUGGUUUCUACAGCAACCCUAGGUAGAAAAUUGUGGCUUUAAAAAUGCAUGAAACCACAUUUAAUUAUCCAGAAUGACUAGAUUUGUCUUUUCCUCACCACCUUCCCUCCAAAACAUGACAUAAACAAUAUUUUUUGCACUUGUGAUCCUUAGCCCCUUUCCCCACUCUCACACCAUCCAUCACUCUGGACAAAGGAUCAUACAGGUGGUGUUAACAAGCAAGAAGUACUGAGGGUGAUCAAACAGUUUUAGGGUGGAAGCCAUUCCCAGUUCGUGUUCAUCCUGCAAGCCUCCAGGGGCAGUCCCUGCUUUAUUGUACUUCAUCCUGUCAAAUGGAGAGCAUGCCUAUCUAAGGGAUCACUGGUCCUACAGCCAGGAGCUAAUUGCUCAAGAAGUUAAGUGUUGAACUUUAAAAAGACAAGACCACUUGUUGAAAUCCAGUGUACUCUUUGGCUUUCCCCUAUUUCUCUUAAUGCUUAGAGAAGAAUCUAACAGGAAGAAGCUGCACACAGGGGUGUGCACAAAGAAAAUGACAUGAAUCUUUAUUUUUCACUGCCAGCAUCAAGGAAAGAAAAUUUUUUUCUACAGUUUGCAUGAGGGAUUUUUUUUAUUGUAUGUACUCAUGGUUAUAAACCAAAAUGUACUGUACCAUACAGAGGAAAGGAGCAAAAAAAACAAGUCUUCUGUUUAUCCUGAGGCUUUCAGCAUUGUUCCCCUCCUGUGAGCCAAGGAGGCAACCUGCACAAGCUUGUAAAUGGUUCGUCUUUAAAAUGUACAUAAGUGGAACAUUUAAUAAAAUGAGGGGAAAUGGAUUUAUAAACUUGUUUUUUUUCUAGGUGACCCUGUUUAAUAGGCUUUCACAGACUGGGGGAUGCUCAAGAUGUGAUGGGCCUGGUGGUGCAGGUGUGACAUUUGUUACCACCCAUUUCUCCCACCCCACCCUGCUUUUUUUGUUUUUCGCUCCCCUCCACCCCCCACCCCCCCCAGCACACUAUAAUAUAGUGAACUGGAAAAGUCCCUUCCAGAAGCAGCUUGGCCGGCUUUGUGAAUCCCUGACAUCUGAAAACAACUAAGGAUCCAUCUGGGCUUCUCUUCCCCAGCUUUUUGCCUGAUGCCAUUUUAUUGACAAGACUGUGGACUUUGAAAUCAGCCUUUGCCUUUGAGAAAGUUCAAGAACUAUGAUUUGGUCACUUCUAUCUACAACAACCUAAUCCUACUCUUUGGUAGUCUCUGCAGCAGCCACAGCCUGAGCAGAGCUGGGGUUCCUGUCCUCUGCACAUGAUUGACUUUCUUGAUGGGUAAUUUUUUUUAAGAUCAUAACAGUGGAUCAGCUGGGUUUUGGCCAGGAAGUUGUCUUUGUGGACUCUGCCUGCAUGGCUUAGUAGUAGAAGGAAACUUUUUUUUUUGUUUUGUUUUUUAUAAUUCAGUUUAAUCAAUAAACAUGUAUUUAUUGACUAUU